CUUUUCUACAAUUUUAAAUCAUCAAAUAGCUAGCUAUUUUUAGGCUAAUUCUGUAAUAUGACUCUUUGAAGUUACAAAUAUUGAUUUGGAUUAAAGUACUGUACGCUACUCACUACAGGAAUAUUGGUAAUGGCUAAUUUCAAGCAAAAACGGAUUAGUAAAGAAAUACAAAAUCUAGCAGUGAGACCACCACCAGGUGUGAAACUUCUAAACCCUGAUGACACUUCAUUGGCACGCGUAACCAUGGAACUCACUGGUGCAGACAACACUUUGUAUGCGAAGGAAGUAUUUAAUCUUGUAUUCAUAUUUGGGGAUAAAUAUCCAUUUGAGUCGCCUCAAGUCAUGUUUACUGGCAACAAAAUUCCAGUUCAUCCUCAUAUUUAUAGCAACGGACAUAUAUGUUUAUCCAUAUUGACAACAGAUUGGAGUCCAGCACUUUCUAUUGAGUCUGUUUGUCUGAGUAUCAUAUCUAUGUUAAGCAGUUGUAAAGAAAAGAAAAGGCCUCCCGAUAAUUCAAUAUAUGUUAUGAGGGCCAGCAAGAAUCCUAAAGAUACAAGUUGGUGGUAUCAUGAUGAUAACGUGUAAUUGUUUCAAGAUAUAUCUUACAACAAAGUGUGCUUUGUUUCUGCUUAUCACCAGUGUUCUUUUGGGUCUGUCAAAACUUUAAAUGAACUUUAAACUAUGUGUAUGGGAGUUUUAAAAACAGACAGGUUGUGCAAUUUAUAAUAUUUGAUGUGGCCUUUGUUUUAAUUAUAUCAUAGAUUCCCUAAACUCUGAUACAAAUUCUUAUUUUUGUUUAUCGCUUAUAAAUUGAUAAGCUAUCAAGAAAACAACCAAGAUUAACACAAUGGAUUCGUUUUUUGGCGAGUUAUAUAUGUAGAUGUCAUGAUUCAAACUUGUAGUCACAAAAACUUGGCAUCACGAAGCGCAGCCUAUUCAACUUAUUAUAGGUUUCAAGCUUCAUUUUGGAGCAGAGUUUACUGCGCUCUUAUUGCAGGCCAAGUUUAAUUUUAUUUUUUCAAAGUGCAUCAAUAAAUGCUAUGUGAAUUGUAUGCAAUACUGUGCUAUAGCUUAAUUUAUGUAAUAUUUUAAAAUCACUAUGUUCUGAGUAUUUUAGCAGCUUCUAGAUAAUAUUCUACUUCAUUGCCUUGUCAAAUUUUAAACACACUCUUUGAUAUAUUUUCUUCUCUUAACAAUAGCAUAUUUGAUAAAUUUUCUUUGCGAAAUUAUGUUUUUCUAAACUUAAGCCAUUCUUGUCUUAUAUAUCCAU